CCAGAAAGCGCAAGGCGCUGCGUUUCCGCCCGACCCGCGCCUGGGGCGCCCGCCCCGCACGCCCGCCCUGCGCCUGCGCAAGGCUCGCCGCGGCGCCUCGGAUCUGCUCUGGGGCAAGUCUGGCGUCCCUCAGAGGCAGAAGAGGCCUGGACCUCGGCUCAGGCAGACCCAGGAACAGAUGAGCAGGGAUGUCUGCAUCCACACCUGGCCAUGUACCUACUACCUGGAGCCAGAGAGGCGAUGGGUUACUGGCCAGCUGUCCUUAACGUCACUGUCGCUCCGGUUCAUGACUGACAGCACUGGAGAGACUCUGGUCAGCUUCCCCCUCUCCAGCAUAGUCGAGAUCAAGAAGGAGGCUUCGCAUUUUAUCUUCAGCUCCAUCACUGUCCUGGAGAAGGGCCACACCAAGCACUGGUUCAGCUCCCUGCGGCCAAGUCGAAAUGUGGUCUUCAGCAUCAUCGAGCAUUUCUGGAGGGAGCUGCUGUUGUCUCAGCCUGCAGCAGACACGCCUGCCCCCAGAACCCGGGGCAAGGAGCUGACCGGACUCAUGGCCGGAUCCCAGAAACGCCUGGAGGACACAGCAAGGGUCCUGCACCACCAGGGCCAGCAGCUGGAUGGCGUCAUGAGAGGCCUGGACAAGAUGGAGUCAGACCUGGAGGUGGCAGACAGAUUGUUGACAGAACUGGAAUCUCCUGUUUGGUGGCCCUUUGGCUCCAAGCUUUGGAAGACACCAUCAGAAACAAAGGCCAGGGAAGGCGUCUCUGUGAAACCAAGUUGUGAACCCCUUGGGAAAGAAGGGAUGCUGAUCCAAAUUCCUGCCAUUAUUUCUCACAGAACCGAGUCUCACGUUAAGCCAGGGAGGCUCACUGUCCUCGUGUCUGGGUUGGAAAUCUAUGAUUCCAGUUCUUUGCUCAUGCACAGAUUUGAAAGAGAAGAUGUGGACGACAUCAAGGUCCACUCACCUUACGAAAUCAGCAUCCGCCAGCGGUUUAUUGGAAAGCCAGACAUGGCCUAUCGUUUGAUAUCUGCCAAGAUGCCAGAGGCUAUCCCCAUUUUAGAAGUGCAGUUCAGCAAGAAGAUGGAGCUGUUAGAAGACGCCUUGGUGCUCAGAAGCGUGAGAACAUCUUCCCCCGCAGAGAAGAGCCGCUCGGUCUGGCAUGCAGCAUCUGGGCUGAUGGGCCGCGCCCUGCAUCGUGAGCUGCCCGCAGGAGACCAGGAGGGCACGGCACUGCACCUGCAGAUGAGCCCGCCAGCCCUGUCUGAGGCAGAUACCCAGGAACUAACCCAGGGGCCAUGCCUGCCGGUUCCAGCAGUGCCUGAGGAUCACACUGAGAGCAGGGGGCAGAGCCCCAUCCAGCGAUCUCAGUCAUGACUCAACAGAUGAGUUUCCGCCAGCUCCCGAGGGUGCAGAAGCCCUGCCGUCUACGACCGCAGCUCAAGUCAGGCAUUUCUCCAUCUGUCUCAUGACAAAGAUCUCAGCAGGAAGGCUGCAUUUGGAAAGGGACAUGUGGCUCAUUUCACCUCUGCCAUGUGCCCGUGUGACCUCAGCCCCUCACUCCUGUGGCAUCUGCAGAGAGGGGCUGGGUACGGCCGGGGAAGGGCUCCCUUCUGUAGCGCAGCAGUGGCCCUGGCUGGGCCCUUUCUGGUUUUCACAGCUCGUUUGCAUUUGUGAUCUCAUGUGAGCUGCACCGUUCUGCGGAGGGAGCUGGAUCUGACCGGCUGGGCCUCUGUGUUGGCUGCCUCCAUACUGUUUCUCAUGGGUCAGACAAAGGCCGGACCGUGGGCGGGGGCAUCGCUUGUGACCCUGAAUCCUUAGCUGCAUGCGUCUCAUGGCCAGCCACCCCACCCCGCAGGACGCUGAGCCUCCUGCCAUGUCACUGGGUGGAGCGUGGGGAGGCUGCUCCCUCAGGGCUCAGGUGCACUGUUCCUGGAGACAUCCAGAGGAACCGUAGGGGCCCCCUCAAGAUCACCACCCCCCGGACCGUGUGUGGUCACUGCCGUCCAACUCAUGGGGACACAGAGCACUGAGGGUUCCUUCUCCUGACCUAAGCAGUGAUCCAGAACUUUCCCUGAAAGAGGACAUGGACAUUUAUUGUGAGUGGUGGGUCACUCACAUUUCCUUUCUAGUGUAUUAUUGUCCGUGGUCAAGUGGGCGUAUGAGGUUUCUGGACCAAGGCUGAGUGUGCAGAGCAGCGCUUCACAGUGUGGUUCCUAGAUUCCUCACCAAACACAGCUGGCCAUGCCAGGAACACAGCACCAGCUCAGUCCUCAGCCUGUCACCCCCGGUGCACCACCCAGUGGACGUAGCUCUGUGCUAGCAUUCCUGGGGCAGUCCAGCUUUCCCCAUCCACACCUGCCUGGCCCUGGGUGACUCCAGCUUCUGCAUCUGCUGGGCCGGGUCCGUCUCCCACACCUCCACGGUGCUAGCCGCCCUCCACUGCAUGGAGAGUUUCGUUCUGUCGUUUGUGUUGUGCAUGAAACAUCCCAUACCUAGACACAAGAGAAGGGGUUGUGUUUCUUUUAAUCCUGCUUUCCCACUUCAGUCUGCAGUUAGGGACCCGCGUGCAAAUAGGUCAUGAGCACAGUGGCCAGGCAAGAGCUGGGGUUCAGAUCCAAGCUGCCUGCCUGGGUCCCUGGCUGCCUUGCCGUGGGCUGGAAUUCCACACCCACAUGCAACACUCCCUCAGGGUCAGCCAAACAGAGCAGUCUGCAGCCUGGGGACAGCAGGCCAGGGUACGGCCACAGCACCAGGAGGGAGGUGGGGGCAGACAGCUGGCAGGAGGUGGGGCGGGCACCUCAUCUCUCCAGGUCUGUGCUGGCAGGAGCAGAGCUGUGCCCUGACCCUGGUGCUGGGCUCUGGGCUCCCUCUUACUGGCUCGCAGAUGGCGUCACCCAG